AUGCCGAAUAGUAUGCUACUUGUUCUUAUUCAAGUGCUAGUCUUAUGCUCUUGCGUAUCAGUUGUGUCAAGUACAAUUAGCCCUUGUGCAAAAUGGAAUACAACAGGCUCAACAGUGGCUGGAACUGGAGACGCUGGUAAUUCUAGUUAUCAGAUCAAUUCAGCAAAAGGAAUUUUCAUUCAUAAAGAAAGGAAUGAACUAUAUGUUGCUGAUUUUAGUAACAAUCGUGUCCAAAGAUUUUCACUUAAUGAUCCAUCAAAGAUGGGUACUACUGUUGCAUCGAACAUAGAAAAUCCAAUGAAAGUCUAUGUUGAUGAUGAUAUUAAUGGGCCCACAGUAUAUGUUUCACUUCGAUUUUUGAAUCGUGUUGAAAAAUGGACCUAUGGAGCGAGACAAGGUGUUCAAGUUGGUAAUGACUGCCAAUUAUGUUGCGGUGUGUCCGUGGAUAAAGAGAAAAAUGUUUAUAUGUCCGAGUCCAAUAGACAUCGUGUUCUUCAAUGGUCACCUCGAACAAAUAUCACAAAUAUUGUUGCUGGAAAUACGGAUACUAAUGGCUCAAAAAGUACGCUACUUGAUCAUCCUCAAGGAAUUUAUGUCAAUAGAGAUGGAGGUGUCGUCUAUGUAGCUGAUAUGUGGAAUAGCCGAAUUCAAAGUUGGAUACAAGGUUCGGACGAAGGAGUUACUGUAGCUGGAUCCAGUAAAGGUACUGAAGGCCAUGAUCCUGAAACAUUAGAUUUUCCAAAUGACAUGAUUGUUGAUGAUGAAACCAAUAUUGUUUAUGUUAUUGAUACAUCAAAUAAUCGAGUUCAGAGAUGGAAACCCUUUGCAUCGGAAGGUGAUACAAUUGCUGGUGAUAUGAGUGCUGGUAAUGCAACUUAUCAAUUAAGUAAACCAGCUGGUUUAGGAUUCGACAUGAAGGGAAAUCUUUAUGUAAUGGAUAUGGAAAAUAAUCGUGUGCAAAUGUUUGAAUUGAUUGAUAAUCGACCUUGUUCUUUGAGAUUAGAAUCAAAUGGCUCAUCGAAACUUGGGUAG